AGGUUCGUUAACGGGUAAAAACGUUGUUCGCUUUUAGUUUGCUCUGUACCGUUGGGUUGAGCACAAGUAGUCGUGUGUCCGCCCAGUUCUCUGAAACAUAACCCAACGCAACUCCCGAUCCGUCCAAGUGCUUUGCUCAGCAACUUUAAUUUCAAGAUCAGCUACGAGAAAAUUUGAUGUUCUUGCGCGUAAACAAAAAUUAAAGUCUCAGUUGCCUGAUUUGUUGCGAUAUAGUUAAAAAUGCAAUUUUUCAAAAGGUUCUGGAAGGGCCUCAAUAAUGAAUUGCAAAAGAAACACUUUGGCUUUGAAUACAAUCACGUGCACUUGUUCUAUAAAUCCCUGUGGCAAAAGAAUGAAGUCAGCGCAUAUUAUUUGCUCUAUCGUUGGAUAUGGGCCAUACUCUUCCUCAGCAUUUACAUUGCCUGCACCAUUUUACAAUUUUGUGAGGGAAAGUUCUUCAUCUACAUGACCAAUUGGGGCUUCGGACUGGCCACCAUUACCAUGGUGUAUGCAGCGGUGCAGGUUACUUGCUGGCACUACGAUGUGGGAAAUGUGCGUAGUCUGGUGCAAGAGUCGGGGCAGAAGGCGAAUACGACGUGUAGCCUGAAAGUCUAUUGGGUGCUGCAUAAUGUGUCGCUGCUGCUGGCACUGAUCAUAUCCACAGUCUACUGGAUAUUUCUAAAUGGUCGUAUGAACAAACCCGUGCGAUUUCCGGCGAUUAGCAUUAUAACGCAUGGUCUGAACUCAAUAUGCAUGCUGAUCGAUUUUAUUAUCGUUGCAUUUCCGUUGCGUUUGCUGCACAUGGUGCAGACAAUGCUCACGGCUAUAAUAUUCUUUCUAUUCACCCUCAUCUAUUAUUUGUGCCAUGGCACCGAUGAAUUUGGCAAUCCCUAUGUCUAUCCCAUACUCGACUGGAAUGAUCCCAAGCGCUGUUUGGUCACCUUCAUCGGCAUUUUCAUCAUGAUAGUCUGCUAUUGGAUCUUGCUCUUUGGUGCCCACAAGCUCAGGCAGGCAUUCAAUCGAGCCUUCAGCGUUGUCUGGACACCACAUGCCGUGGGUCUCAUAUAAGCGCCCGCACACCAACAGUACACACCAAUGCACCAAUACACCAAUUCACCAAUGCACCAUUGAAGCUCUGGCUUUUUCACAUUUCAAAACUGAAUACAACUAGUUAUAAUAAUAAGAACAUUAUGUAGUACAAUCAGCAUUAUGUUGUAAUUUUCAUUUACAAACUCACAC